CUCUUCUUUUAACCAAUCUCUCUCCACUCUAGAUUGUGGAAGAUGGCGGUGGAGCUGAUGCAGGGCCACCAUUUGAACUCCAACGCCGCUCAGGAGGAGGCGGCGGCGGGUCUCCAAAGCGUGGAGCAGCUGAUGAAAUUAAUCUCCCACCAACGGAAUCUCGACGCCGCCGCUGAUUAUCAAACCGUCGCCGACGCCGCCGUCUACAAAUUCAAGAAGUUCAUCUCCCUGAUCGACCGGACUCCGAGAACCGGCCACGCCCGCUUCCGCCGUGGACCGGUCCCGAACUCCUCUCCAUCGCGGACCGAACCGGCCGGUCCAUCGGUCCACACACCGAAAACCGAUGAGACCGGACCCGGUUCAAGAAUCUACUGCCCCACGCCGAUUCAGCGGCUGCCGCAGGCGAAGAGCGUGGUGGAGAGGAAGGAGGCGUCGACGACGAUAAACUUCGCGUCGCCGACGACAUCCUACAUCUCCUCUCUGACAGGAGACACAGAGCCGUCGAUGUCGUGUGGGUUUCAGAUCACAGGGCGGCCGCCGCUGUCGACGACGUCGUUUAAGAGGAAGUGCAGCUCGAUGGACGACGCGUCCCGUUGCCACUGCCCCAAGAAAAGGAAAUCGAGAUUGAAGAGAGUGGUUAGAGUUCCGGCGAUUAGUAUGAAAAUGGCUGAUAUUCCACCAGAUGACUAUUCUUGGAGAAAAUAUGGUCAAAAACCCAUUAAAGGUUCCCCUCAUCCUAGGGGUUAUUACAAAUGUAGUAGCGUAAGAGGGUGUCCGGCCCGAAAGCAUGUGGAACGGGCCUUGGAUGACCCGACAAUGUUGAUCGUAACAUACGAAGGAGAGCACAAUCACGGCCUUUCAAAUAUGGAAACGCCUGCUGUAGUACUUGAAUCAUCUUGAUCGGACGGCCUAGGUUUCGCCUUGUGAAAAAGAAAGAAGGAAGUCUCAAUCAAUCACCACCGUCCAUUUUGUGGAAACACAUGGUCAACGAUGAUAUGGGAACAAAAAAUGUGGGCCCCAUUUUCUUUGAUUUUUAACUCUCUUUUCUUUUCUUUAUCACACACCGUUGAAAAAUCUCUUGAUUAUGUAGGAAGAAUAUUGAAAAUGGUAGGAAAAAAGUGGAGAGAGAGUUGUGGAUUUAGUGGGAAAUGAAUCACGCAAGUUUGAGAAUAUAAAAAUGUUCUUUGAUGAUGA